UGGAUGUGAUUUGUUUUCGAAAUGUUUUUAUUAAUUCACUUUGUGUGUGUUUGUGUUUGUUUGACUUGAAUGGAAUCGAAAACCACCGAUCAAGAAAAAUGUCCAAUAUGUUUGGAAACAAUAAUGGAAAUGGCUAUUAUUGAUGGAUGUUAUCAUCAAUUUUGUUUUGGUUGUUUAUAUCAAUGGACAUUUAUUAUGAAACAUAAUCGUUGUCCAUUUUGUCGUAAUCAUAUUGAUACAAUACGUUUUAAUAUACGUUCCAAAUGGUCAUAUGAUUGUUUGGAAGUUGAACAUUUAUUUCAAAGACAUCCAUCAUUUUUUCGUUUACAUCAAUUUCAUUAACCAAAUGACUUUUUCAAAUGACUUUCGGCUUUUUUUAAAUAAAUAUUCUGUAAAUUUGUUUGUGUGUGCGAGAAAAAUAUUUAUAAUGAUUAUGAUUAUUAUUUAAUAAAGUUGUAAUUUUCUUUUGAAAAAAAAAUAAAUUUUUUU